CAUGAGCGAAGUUAACAUUGCGGAAGAUCGUAAAAGAAAGUCGGAUAGUCCUCCGGCUUCUUGUAAUGAAAAUAAAAUAAGAAAGCAGGAAGAGGAUAUAACGGUUCCUGAAACAGCAGUUAUAACUAAAACUAAAGAAAAUAAAUGCCCAACUCCCGGUUGCGAUGGAACUGGACACGUUACUGGAUUAUAUUCCCAUCACCGUAGCCUAUCCGGCUGUCCGUGCAAGGAUAAAGUGUCUCCGGAAAUUCUGGCGGCUCAUCAAGAAAUCGUACGCUGUCCUACUCCAGGUUGCACAGGAAGAGGGCAUGUGAAUAGUAACAGAAAUUCCCAUAGGAGUCUUAGUGGAUGUCCUAUUGCUGCCAUGGGCAAACAUGCUAGCAAGAAACUGACAACAGUAUAUGUUUCAAGUCCUUGCAUGAACUGUUGUAAAAUUCCCAAACGUUUUCAUUGCAGAAUAAGAUUCUCUACUAAAUUUGCAGCGUCCUCUUUAACUAACGUUAGCUCGACAACCCUGCCGUCAUCGGCAUCGUCAUCGUCCUCCUCCCCACCGUCAUCAACUUCACUGACGUGCGAUAGAGUUUUGCGUCCUAUGAUUGUUGCUAAGCAGCUUGAUUUGACUUCCGUUCAAGUUGCAACACCCCGAUCUAAUCUAGCCCGCGAACUGGAUAAAUAUAGUCGUCCAAAUCAACAUCAAACUUUACUGCAACCAGCUCAUCAUCAAAUUAAAAAAAUGGUUAACGGUGGAGAACAAGCUGUCGAUUUAACCAAGAAGGUCAAAAUGGAACCAAUCGUUGAAGUCGUUGAUAUGAACAACGAGAAAAAGGAAGAAAUUUUAAUUAAGAAGGAUGAAGAAGAAAACGUUGUAAAAUGCCCAACACCUGGAUGUGACGGAUCUGGUCACAUUACUGGAAAUUAUACAUCCCAUCGUAGUUUAUCCGGAUGCCCAAGAGCAAAUAAACCGAGGAAAAAUCAACUCAAUAAUGGCGAGACCCAAGAGCCCUUAAAAUGCCCAGUACCGGGUUGUGACGGAACUGGCCAUGCAUCAGGAAAAUAUUUAAGCCAUCGAAGUGCGUCUGGAUGCCCUAUUGCUAACAGAUCUUCGGCAUUAGCAAAUAGAGAAAUGAAUGGAAUGUUUAAAUACUCGAUGCCCACUGAAGAGCUAAAAAAUGUUCCCCUAAAAGUUUUAGCAGAAGUAGAGGAACAUCAUCAAGUUCAAUCUCUUCAAAAGGAGGUUAGCAAAUUACGCGAAACAAAUGCUGAUAUGGAAGAGGAGAUGCAACGUGUUUCGUAUGAAAUUGAAGAGUUUGAAAAGAUUAUUGAACAAAAUGAAAAAGAAAAAGUGACUCUUGAACGCCGAAUUGAGGCUGCAACGAAUCAGUUGAACUCAAUAAAGGAUUCACUUGUCUCCAACGUGAGCGAUGGAAAUGCUUUGCAGAAGGAAGAUGAACCUUUCGAAGCCUACUUAGACAGACUUAAGAUUUUAUGUAUUGACGCCCAAAACAAGGCUCUUAGAACAUGUUUGCGAACUGCAUUAGAAUCUGCGCAGACAGGCGUUCAAUUCGACAACAGUCAAGAAGUUUGA